UGUUCUGCAAGGGCUGCAAGAGUGAAGCAGCGGUCAGCGCCUCUUCUCUCUUCUGUUCCCUCUCUCCUUUUAACGUCGAAGAAGGUUGUUAGAGCCGCACUUCAACGAAGGUUUAGGACUAUUGAGAAAUAAUGCAAACGAAAUAUGUCGUUAUCCUCUGAGAUGGAGAAGAAUUCAACAGAAGAUGACUGCGUGGAUUCGGGAGCAGAGACUGGAGGCUAUUAAGAAAAGAUGCGCCCUGGUUUGGUCUGAUUACAGUCCCAUGUCUUCAGCGAGCAGUGAGUUAUCCAUGGUGGAGCUGCAGGAUCCUUUCCUGGUCAGUGUCCACCUCAUUACUGACCCGGGGCAGGCCAAGGCCCUGCAGCAUGCUGCCGACACCGUCCUGGCCUGGGUCCACCCUGAACUGCAGCUCUUCCGCGUCUCCGAGAGAGCCGCCUGGCAACAGAAGCCCAAACGCCAAUCAUGUCCUGCUUCGGCAUCUUUUUCAGCCAAUCACGGCCCUCCGCAGUGCCAGCCGGCGCUGGCCGUCAUCCUCUUCCUGCAGGAGCAGUACGGGGGCGAGGAGCAGAUCGUGACGUUACACCGUGCUCUCCAGCGACCCCCCUGGCGCUUCCACCAUACCGAGAGGGUCAACAACGGCCGCAGGAUGCUCCCGCUGACUCCCUGCAGCCAAGACUUCUUCACCCUGGCCCCGGGGACUCCUCUGUGGGCGGUACGCCAGGUUCACUACGGUAAAGAGAUUGUACGCUUCACCGUCUACUGCCGUUACGAGAGCUUCUGGGACAUGGUGCGGCUGUACCGGCUGAUCCUUCAGAGGAGGCUGGCCCAGAAGAAAGAAGACUUUUGUUUUUUCGUGGUGUACUCCAACCCAGAUACGGAGAUCCAGCUGUCGUUCAAGCGGUUGCCGAGGGGCCAGAGUCCCGCCCCAACGGAGUCGGCGGUGAUGGAGGUGAGGGUGAGGGACGUUGGGGCGUUGGUACCCCUCCUGCCGCGCCCCUGUACCCCCAUCAGCGAGGUACGCUGGCAGACUGAGGACUACGACGGGAACAAGAUACUGCUGCAGAAGUCAUGGAUUACUAUCAACAUCUGCAUUGAGCUAGAGGCUAGAGCUGCCAAGGUCAAAGAGCGGGACACUAAUUCGGACACUUAUAAGAAAUCCCGCUACGACCUCUGA